AAUCAAGACUAUCUCCACGCUAAGCGACAAUCCAUUGAGCAUACCACUCACCGUGCACUGGAUCGUCUCGCUUUGAGGUCGAGACUGAAGGUUGAAUCAAUGGGCCCAUCCCUGAUGCAGGCGCCCUUUGUGUUCGACAGCAGGGCGCCGCAAACGGCAACAAGCUUCAUAUCCUGCCUUCACCCUCCGACUUCGUACAUCUUCGCCAUACCAAGCGCAACACACAUCGUACAGUCGCUUCGUGUCCAAAAACCGCAAAGAUGCAGUUCAUUCCAGUUGCUCUUGCCCUGGUCGCGUCCAGCGGCUUCGCUUCCGCCGCCAUCCGCCAGCGCAGCGCGCCAAUCGACUAUGGCUAUGGCUGGUCGUCAUCGUCCACCCCAAGUGUGUUGCCCACGACGACACCCACUCCGGUGCCUCCGCCAUAUUUGUCCACGACGCCGACGCCGCCAACCACGACGUCCACUUCCGUGAAUCCGCAUACGACGAGCACCAGCAGCACGCCGGUGAGCAGCUGCAUUUGGCUCUUCUCCAGCCUUUGCACACCCGUCUAUGCUACGUCAACCGAAACGCUGUCUACUGCGGUCCCGACGAUCAUCGUCAGCACUACCUAUAAGCCGGUGACCUACACAACUACCAUCAUGUCCUCUGUUACUUCCUACCAAACCAUCAUGGUCUCGACAGUCUCUACCCAAUACUCCACCGAAACCAUCACCGUUCCUACCACCAUCACUAGCUGGACCGUCACCUGCUCGACUUUUCCAACCACGAUCACUACCUCCACCACCUCGUACUCCACCUGCACCUCUACCGUGCCCCACAUCGUGCCGACCGUGACGACCUGCGUUGGGACAUCUACCGUUCCGCAGACCUACACCACGAGCACGCCAUAUGCCAGUACCAUCUCUAGCACCUACGAAAGUUACUGGUACAGCACGCAGGUUCUCACCAGCUCCAUUUGCCAGACUUCGUCGAGCUGCAGCCUCACUACGCCGUCGACGACUUCUACAUCCACCAAGCCUACCUCGACGAGCACAACAAGCACGACACACAGCACGACGAGCACCACCACGACGACGACUUCUACGAUCCCAACGACGUCGAGCACAACCAGCACCUCGACGAAGCCGACGACUACGAGCACAACCAGCACCUCAACGAGCCCGACCACGACAAGCACUACGAGCACUUCAACGAAGCCGACAACGACGAGCACAACCACCUGGCCGACAUACCCAACAACUUCGUCUACAUCUUCUAAGCCAACAACGUCCAGCACGACCAGCACUUCGACCAAGCCAACGACGACGAGCACGACCAGCACUUCAACUAGCACGAUCAGCACCUCCACGAAGCCAACGUCGACCAGCACAACCACCUGGCCGACCUAUCCAACAACAUCGUCUUCUUCAUCGAAGCCUACUACGUCAAGUACAACUAGUACAUCGACUAAGCCGACCACCACGAGUACGACAACAUGGCCAACCUAUCCGACAACAUACUCCACGUCUUCGAAGCCAACCACAACGUCGACGACGCCAACUUGGUACUGGUCCACCACCUCCUCCACCAAGCCGAGCACUUCUCCAUAUACGAGCAGCUCCACACAGCCCGUCCCGUACAACAACUACUAUGCUGGUGGCGGUGGUGGAUGGGACACGACAACGUCUAAGGAGUUGAAGCCAACUUCGACUGCCGGGGGUAACGGUGGCGGUGGAUGGGGCACGACUGCGCAGGCGAAGCCAACUGCGAGUGGCGCGGGUUAUAAUCCGUUCGCUUACUUGCAGAGGGGUGUGGUUGAGGGCUUGGGAUGGUAGGUGUAUU